CGAGGAGGAGGAGGAGGAGGAUCGGGCGCCAAUCGAGGAGGGAUGGGAGCAACGCUCGCCCAGUCUCAUUCGGCAGUCGUCGUGCGCACGCGCACGCCCAGGGCGGGCCCGAGGUCCACGGCCAGUCUGCGAGGCCCAGGGCCGCGCCGCCACCACGCUCCCUUGUGGAUGCCACGACCGAGGACACCCUAACAAUCCCAGCGUCGAAGUAAACAGAUAGGAGCACUGGUGUAAAAAAAUGCUCAAAGAGCAGGACUGUACGCGUGUGCUGGACAUGUUGAAGACAUGUUUCGACCUCUGGGAGCAAUUUGGCAGCACGCACCCUCUCCACUGACCGUCGAUUCCUGGUGGCGUAAGGCUGGGCCGCCCACGCGGAGUUUGCCGAAGGCUCCCGGCCGCCAGCGGCCCAGCCGGAAAAGCGGCACGCCAGGGCCCCCCGCCCGAGGGGUCCAGGCACGGCACCGCGAGAGAAACAACAAGCUCUGAUGAUGACGAUGGCUGAACCUCGACCACAUCGGCCUCCCCUAGGCAGCACAGCAUUGGCAGCAAAAGCGGCGCUGGUGAGACAGGGCGCAAGCCCACGCGGGCGGGCCGACGUUGCUCCCGCCGCGGUCCGGUGGCCACCAACAAUAAGGGCCAGCCGACCGCGGUGCUGCGUGCCGCCGCCGGUGGAGCGCCUUUGCUCGGCCGCCGUCAGAUGACGCCUCCGCGCGUCGCGCUGCCACGUGCCGAGCGCGGCGCUGGACAGGGACGGCCGCGGCGCUGGGUGUAGCACCCGGGCCAGCAGAAGGAGGACGAGGGAUGGUUGCGGCGUGGCGCUGAUGUCAUCCCGGGCGAUGGCGCCCGGCUCCAGGAUUGGACCCGGAGCCGGUCAAGAAACGGCGACGGAACCGGUACAAAACCAGCGUCGGAACCGGCAAAAACAACUGCAAAAUGGAACCGUUAACAACAACGGCCCUGUCGUUUCCAGGGCCCACUAAGGGCGGCAGCGGAGCAGAAUACCGAGCAGGAGCGGCGCGCGGAGGCAGAAGGUUCACAAAAAGAUGGUGAAAGCAAGAGGCCCACGAGGGGCAAAAGGCCCACAGGUGGGCGGCGCCGCGCGGCGGCGGGCGCCGAGGCCGCGCGCGCGCUGCCAAGCCGUCCAGUCCCGGGGGGCGCAAGAGGAGGAGGAUGAGGAGGAUGAGGAUAUCAGACCCGUCAGGCGGGGCCCUCCUCCGGGCGAGAGGGCGGGGGACCCGGCGGCGCG